AUGGCUGACAGUUCCUGUAGCGGCUCUACGCCGUUCAAAGGUCUCGUUGACCAUGGGGCCCAAGAUCGAAGUCUGCACCGAGAUCGGUUUUCCAGUACUCCUAGUCUCCAGCAAGGCUUUCGAUCCACAAGUCAAACCGUCUCGGCGCCGGCUCAAGCAGGCUUUGGCGAAUUCCUCGACUCCAACGGGGCUGGGCAAGUCAGCAUAAACACUCCCCAAACUCUCAACUCGCCCGCAUCAAGCUUCCCUCGAGGGUUGCAAUCAUUCCAAUCAUCAGCGGCCCCUGCCGGUCGAAUUCUCCCACCCAACCUCUACCAAUCUACGUCACAAAUUCCGACAGCUUCUCGGCAAAAUGUGUCUAUGGCGUCGCCACCGAGGACAUCGAGUUGGGCACAAGAUUUUGCAUCAUUCUCUAGGGCACCGCCAGGUGCUGGAAACUACACAACAGGGUUUUCUUCUUCGCAAUAUCCAGCGCCUGUAGCCGGAUUUACGCAGAAUAUGAUGGGGUCGCAUUUAAGACCUUGGUUAUUCGGGCCCCAAGGCGGUUCUGUAACCGCCACAAAUCACGGAGUUACAAACACCGAAGCUGACUUUGAUGUUGAGAUGAAUCGGUGGAUGGCGGCCAACGGAGACGGACAGAUGGAGGACCUCGACACUGUUAUGGAACAACUCGCGCGAGAACUGGAACAAGAGCAGCAACCAGAGGCCGCUACACAAGCAUCCAGAGAUACCACCGGCAGCUCUGUGGAUACUUUCACGACCUCUCUAGAUGUUUCUGUCCAAGAUGAAGCACAAGGAAUACAAACAUUCGAUGCUACAGCUUCAACAAACCAACAAAUACCCGGCGCAUCCUCGGUCCUUGGGAUUGAUGCCAUCGGAGUAUCAAAAAGAGCGAGUUUUCCAGACCACAUGCCUGACUUGGAACGUCUAGGGCUCGACGAAGCGGAGCAAGCAUCUGCAGAACAUGUCCAGUCAACAUCUGACAUUUCGGAGGCAGCGAGACAGAUACUUGACUCGGUUCAACAUGAACAAGGAGACAAAUGGAAGAAUUCUCGGUUCUUAUCACUGAUGAAAGACUUUCGGGAUGGAAACAAAGACAUCGUCAACAACGAAAUUCUCGAAACCAAAGUUGGCGGCGAGCGAAUCGGCCGGAAUUGA